CCAUCAGCUGAUUUUUGUUUACAUCGUGUUAGCUUUAAUUUUCACAAUUAUUUUGCUGCAAAAUGCUUCGGGCCAAUUUUCUAUAUUUAUGUAAGCGAUCAUUUGCUACGCAUUUGACACCAAAACAGCAGGAACUUAUGGCACGGGGACUACCUAAAAGAGCGCCACUGCCUGGUGUAACGAAUAUAGUAAUUGUAGCUUCUGGUAAAGGUGGGGUAGGCAAAUCCACUGUUGCCGUCAAUCUAGCUGUUAGUCUUGCAAAUAAGGGUAAACAUGUUGGUUUAUUAGAUGCCGACAUAUUUGGACCAUCUGUGCCUCUAAUGAUGAAUAUACAUGAAGAACCUUUAGUUGAUGACAACAAUUUAAUGAUACCACCCAUUAACUAUGGUGUUAAAUGUCUAUCCAUGGGUCUACUCGCAAAACAAACAGACGCAAUAAUAUGGCGUGGUCCUCUCGUAAUGUCUGCAGUACAACGACUUUUAAAAGGUGCAGUUUGGUCACCACUUGAUAUACUUAUUGUGGAUACACCACCUGGCACAGGAGAUGUACACCUUUCACUUGCUCAAAAUGUGCCAAUAGCUGGCGUGCUCUUAGUUAGCACACCACAAAAGGCAGCGUUAGAAGUGACACUGCGUGGUGCGCAAAUGUAUCGCAAAUUGGGCGUACCGAUAAUAGGACUGACAGAAAAUAUGGGACAUGCCAUUUGUGGCAAUUGCCGAACGCGUAUGGAAAUUUUUCAGAAUGCAACCGAUUCCUUUACAAAACAAAUUGGUACGAAUGUUUUGGCAUCCAUACCAUUGGAUGGAAAUAUUACGGAAUGUUGUGAUAAAGGUAUACCUUCAGUGAUUAAAUAUCCCGAAACAGAGUAUGCAAAAAGCUACCAAAAAUUAGCCGAAUCUCUUACCCAGGCGUUACAGAAAAGCGCAACCGGCGAGAAGGAAAAUAAAUAAAUUUGUAUGUUUUAAUUUAUUAGCAAGAUUAAAAAAAAGAUAAUUUAAGACUUA